AUGUUCAACCUACUGAGAGUGAUAUUGGAGCAGGUGAGUCAGCUUGCAGCGUUGGUCCAGGCCCAGGUGGAGUAUCACAGACAAGCUACAGAAAUACUACAGCAGCUCUCCAGCAGUGUGCACGAGAGGAUUCGGGAGGCACAGGAUAAACCCAGGAAGGAGUAUGUUCCUAAACCCCGGAUGGUCCUGGAGCUGCUUCCCUCCAGCGACAGCCACAAUGAGGGGCUCAACACCGCCCCAGGCCCCGCUCGCUCCCCAGUUCCUAUGGACCAGCCGUGCUGCCGGGCGCUGUAUGACUUUGACCCGGAGAACGAGGGUGAGAUGGGCUUCAAGGAGGGCGACGUCAUCACGCUAACCAAUCAGAUCGACGAUAACUGGUACGAGGGCAUGAUCAACGGCCAAUCAGGUUUCUUCCCCAUCAACUACGUAGAUAUCCUGGUUCCACUUCCUCAUUAG